AUGGUGGUAAAACCACUGGCAUUGUUGGGUUUACUUGCAAUAAUCAACUUUGCUACGAUUGCUGUAGCCAAUUUGGAUAAAUUAAAAGUUUGCGAAAAGAUUUGUAAGGCAUCGGGCUUAAAGGCAGACGACGAGAAAUAUUGCCUGAAGCAAUGUAUUAUUAAAAUUCGCACAGCAAAUCAACCACGGGUUAUCGUGCGUGAAAUUUCUACUGGUGUAUUCAAUAUUUCAUGGAAUGGGCCUACUAUAACUUCCUCUAAUCGAUGGAAAUUUGAUAACCUUACUUAUCAUAUUUAUAUUCGUCAAGUUUCUGGACAUGAAUUUAAGGAACAUGAAGCUACUCUGUGGGUAGAAACAGCUACAAAUACAACGAAGUGGAUGACUGCAAAGGGUGCCAGACCUGGAAUCUGGUACCAAUUUAAAGUCACUGCAACAAUUUAUGAAGCUAAUAGAGAGAGCAAAAUAUGGGAAGCCAUUAGUACACCCAUGAUCACCAGAGCAGUUGGUAAAUCUCCAGAAAAACCGACGAAAAUAUCUGCAAGACAAUAUAGGAAAGCCAAUACUACUUUGAGCAACGUUGAAGUUACAUUUCACAGACCUAGAUCAUCAGAUUAUCAAAUUAUUACAUAUCGGCUGCGCCUUCGAUGCAUGCCAAGAAUUAUUGAUGUUAAUAAAGUACUACUUAUCCAGGAACACAGAAAGAAAAUCAAAGCCAAAUUGUCUUCCGAUCCUCAUAUUGCCCUUUUCAAAAAUUUGCCAAUAGGCUCAGUUUGCCAAGCAAAAAUACAAAGUAUUGCUGCUUGGGGAAGUAAGCGAUUUAAGAGUAAAGUGGCUAAAUUUUGCUUCUUCAUAUGGCCUCAUGGUACAAACAAAUCACAUGAAAAGAUUCGCCUACACAAUCUUUGUCAUACCAAAGUCAAAGCAAGCGCGCCUGUAAUUCUAUCAAACACAAUUUAUCCUAUGAGAUACGGCAAUUACAGUUUAUCGUUAGUUUGGAUGGCUCCUGAGAACUCUGAACGAAUUCAUAUUUAUUCCUAUCACGUACGAUGGACUGUUAUACCCAAGAAUGCUAAUUAUCAUAGCAAAAAUUACUAUAAUAAUUCUGCUUUUGUGGAAAGUCAUGAUAUUGCACUUCGUCGGCAUAUAUAUGAUGAUGUAAGUAAUUUCUAUGGUUAUAAUGAUGGCGUAACUACCAAAUUUAUCGUCAUUUUCAGCAGAUAG